UGUUCGACUUCAGUGCUCAUGUACACUGUGUUACACAGAUGUAAUGUAUAUCGAUUAUGCAGGGACUUCCUGGUUAAAAUUUAAAAUAUUCAAAGGUUAGAGGAAUAACGUUGACUUGAAAUGUACAUAAUGUAGAGGAGGUGACGUGAUACAAUAGGUAUAUGGGAGGCAGUUGCAGCAAUUGCUUCAGCAGAUUUUCCUUUCGGAGGCAAGCAGGCGGCGUUGAACUUGGUUUCAAUAUUCCGAAUGUAUACCAGGUAGAAGACGAGGAAGAGGAGUGUGCAAAGACGCCAUCAUGGCUGUCAUUUGUAGACCAAGAGAGCGCUGAAGGAGAUAAUGUGUUCGUGGACGAGAGAUGUUUUAUAUGCCUUGAAGAUUACAACGAACAACAAAACUUACCACGAAUUCUUCCCUGUGGUCAUAUUGUAUGUAACAAAUGCCUCAUUGAGCUUGGAAGAUCUUCAGUAUUCACAAAAAUAAAAUGCCCACAAGACCGGCAUAGUUUUAAAAUAAAAAAGAGACAUAUGCCAGAAGCUCAAUCGAGAGAAAUCUCCGACCUUGAAUCGACAGUUUCGCUGUCAGUUGGAUCAGGUUUGUUCUUACCUGGAGUUAACCAUGCGGCAAUAAAUCCGUUGUAUAAUCUGGAUUUUCAACCCGGAGUGGAUAUUGCGUCCAACAUUAAUACAGAUGCCAUUGAUUCAUUAACCUCAGUUCAACAAUCCAACUCGAUCAAGUCGAAUUCAAGUUCAAUAAUGAACAUUUCAAUCCAUGAGAAUUAUUCAAUUAGCAAUUCCUCAUCAAAUUUUUCAUGGAGAAACCCAAAGUAUGUGAUGAGAAAACGUCUCCCUGACGUGCCACGACUUAACGGUGUGUAUGAUGACGUUCCAUUUUAUGAGCCUCCUCCAGAUUAUCCGAUAAAUGACGAAGACUACGAGUAAACUUUUUUAAUCUAUAAAUGUAUGUAUAAAUGUGUAUACAAGUAUGUUUUU